GCCCCAGGGUCAUGAUUUAUACCCACUCGUGGUAGGCGGAGCCAGGACGCUCCAGGGGAGCGCCAAGUGGGGUGCGGAGCUCUUCUGGAGGUGUGUAUAUUGUCUUAGCACAAUUACCAAAUAUCCUUUCUGGAGUUACAUCUCUAAGUCGAAGAAAUCAAACGCUAAAGCCCAACACACGUGUAAGACCAUCCGGAAGCUGAGAGAAGCCAGAGGCGGUGCGAGUGGGCGGGAUCAGCCUCAAAGGCGGGCCGACCAAGCGGGGCGGUGCAAGCUUGCGGAACCCUAGUCCUCGAGGUCUCCGUUUGCGAAGGGGACUAGUCCGGCGCCGGACGAGACGCUUUUGCAGCCCAGCUGGUUCCGGUUGGGGAAGAUGGCGGUGGCUGGGGCGGCGUCCCGGGAGCCUCUGGUACAGUGGUGCACCCUGCAGUUGCGGAAAACUUUCGCCCUGGAUGUCAGCGAGGAGAUCAUACAGUAUGUUUUGUCAAUUGAGAGCGCGGAAGAGCUACGAGAAUAUGUGACAGAUCUUCUCCAGGGAAAUGAGGGGAAAAAGGGUCAAUUCAUAGAAGACCUUAUAACUAAAUGGCAAAAGAAUGAUCAAGAGUUGAUUCCUGAUUCUUUUCAGCAGUGCUUGAAAAAAGAUGAAAUUUUAGAUGGCCAGAGAUCUGUAGACCAGUUAAAGCGGAGUAGGAGGAAAGGAAGAAACAAACAGGAAGUUCCUGCAUUUCCUGAACCUGACUUGACUAUAGAGGUCAAAACACCUUUAGAUUUGGCCAAGGCACAAGAAAGCAAUAACUCGGUAAAGAAGAAGACAAAAUUUGUCAAUUUAUACACAAGAGAGGGACAGGACAGACUUGCAGUCCUGCUUCCUGGUCGUCACCCAUGUGAUUGCCUGGGACAGAAGCACAAACUCAUCAAUAACUGUCUGGUCUGUGGGCGGAUUGUCUGCGAGCAAGAGGGUUCUGGCCCCUGCUUAUUCUGUGGCUCUUUGGUAUGUACUAAUGAAGAACAGGACAUUUUACAGCGUGACUCAAACAAAAGCCAGAAACUACUAAAGAAACUCAUGUCAGGGGCAGAAAAUUCUGGAAAGGUGGACGUCUCUACCAAGGACCUUCUUCCUCAUCAAGAGGCUCGGAUUAAGUCUGGUCUGGAGAAGGCUAUCAAGCAUAAAGAGAAGCUGCUAGAGUUCGACAGAACUAGUGUCCGAAGAACCCAAGUCAUUGAUGAUGAGUCAGAUUAUUUUGCCAGUGACUCUAACCAGUGGCUGUCCAAAGUUGAGCGGGAAACCCUGAAGAAACGAGAGGAGGAGCUGAGAGAACUCCGACAUGCCUCACGACUCUCUAAAAAAGUCACCAUUGACUUUGCAGGGCGAAAGAUCGUAGAAGAUGAAAAUCCACUAGCUGAGUAUCACAGCAGACUAGAUGAGACAAUACAGGCCAUUGCCAAUGGAACUUUGAACCAGCCACUGAUCACGUUGGAUAGAUCCUCUGAAGAGCCUUUGGGAGUUUUGGUAAAUCCCAACCUGUACCAAAGCCCUCCCCAGUGGGUAGACAACACUGGCUCUGUCCCACAGAAGACUUCACUCUCAGCAGGAACGAGACUAGAGCCCAGUUUACAUCAGCACCAACUGCGAAUCCAGGACCAGGAAUUCCAGGAAGGCUUUGAUGGUGGCUGGUGCCUCUCUAUGCAUCAACCCUGGGCCUCUCUGCUUGUCAGAGGGAUUAAAAGGGUGGAGGGCAGAUCCUGGUAUACACCUCAUAGAGGAAGACUUUGGAUUGCAGCUACAGGCAAAAGACCUUCCCCUCAAGAGAUCUCAGAACUCCAGGCUACCUAUCGUCUUCUUCGUGGAAAAGAUGUGGAAUUUCCAAAUGAUUAUCCAUCAGGUUGUCUUCUGGGCUGUGUGGACCUAAUUGAUUGCUUAUCCCAGAAACAAUUUCAGGAGCAGUUCCCGGACAUCAGUCAAGAGUCUGAUUCUCCAUUUGUUUUCAUCUGCAAAAACCCUCAGGAAAUGGUUGUGAAGUUUCCUAUUAAAGGAAAUCCUAAAAUCUGGAAACUGGAUUCCAAGAUCCAUCAAGGAGCAAAGAAGGGGUUAAUGAAGCAGAAUAAAGCUGUCUGACCCAGGAAAAAAGGAACUAUACAGCAUAGUGAAGUCUUGUAUACUAAAUUGCUAUCCGCUGGUCCUUUGGGAUUGAAGCAGUACAAAGCUAAAGGCUUGACAUGACACCAGGCUUCAAUCUUUGAGAAUUUAAACUCUUACAAAUCUGUAUAUAUUUUCUUACAAGGUGGGAUUCUUUAUGUAGUGGGCCAAAAUCUUUGAAUACAUUAUUUAUAAAAUCUCAUUUUAAAAAUUCUAGGUCUUUGAUAUUUUUCUUGGAACUAAAUUAAAAAGAGAAAGGAACAAAUUGGAAACUAUUUUCCUUUGUGAAAUUUGUAUUUGUGGUUAGGGAAAUCUUAAUCUAGGUUAACAAUUUUACAAGAGACUCUUUGAAUUUAAAAUUUUUUUUUCAAAAUAAUAGAAUAGAGAAUACUAGGAUGUUUGAGGAAUUUCUGUCUAAUAUAAGCCCAUGGUGAUGUAAAAUGUUCUUACCAAAUGUUCUGCUGUUGACAUGUUGAGACUGGGUCUCACUGUGACCCAGGCUUGCCUGGAACUCAUAGCAAUCCUCCUGCCUAAGUCCCUUAAGUGCCAUGUUACAGACCAAAGCCACUGUGUCCAGCUUCUAAUCCAACAUCACUUGGAGUGAAAAGCUAGAGUUACCAUUAUUAGCAGAUUAUAUUUUUUGGAAAAGAUAACAUGAAGACACGCUUCUUUUUGUUCUUUAGUUUGAGAGGUCAGGACAAGAAGAUUAGAUUAGGAAGCGGGAAUCAACGAGCCACCUGCUAAGGCAGCUUGAAGCUACUUUGUUUAUUUUGCUGGUGUUGCAAAUCAUUAUGUAGAUGGGACAAUUAGAGGAAGAUUGGAAAAUACAACCCUCUCAGUAAAUACAACUAAGACCCUCUAGUGUUGAAAGCCUUUUUAUACUAUCAAUAUCCUAAAAAGCUAUGACUGGAAAAGUUGGUUUCAAGUGAGAUUUUUCACUGGUCCCUUUAGCCCUUCUCAGGAAUCACUUCCUGUUGAGACUCUUCUGAAGUGCUAUUGGAAUCUCAGUCGCUGGGUCCUAGGAAAUUCAUGAUCUUAAAUGUGUAUGCUCUGCUUUUUGUAAAACACCAAUACUACACUGGGGAUGUUAGACUCCCUCCAGCAGUUUGUGUGCUUGACUUAAAAAAGAAAGAGUGAGUGAGAAGGGGGAAAGUACCCUGUGUUAUGAAAAAGAUUAAUUUCCCUCUCUUUAAUCCUUCAUAUUCAGCAUUUAUUUGCAUUGAAAUGCCUCCACUCAUUACACAUUGAUGUUCACUCAACUGUGAACUCUGCUUGUUGCACAGCAUUGGUUCUACAGAGCCUGAUCACUCCGGCUUCCCAGGGAAAACCGAACAGACUCUUGUCCCAAUGAUGCACACAUAUAGUGUUCUCUCUCUUGUUCUGUUGGACCUCUGUGGAGAAAGUGGAAGAGGACAGUGAAUGGCAUUUAUUCAGGUGGGGGUGUCUUUUUGGUCUCUUGCAAACCCUACCAUUAUUGAAGGCAUUACUGUGCUCACUAUGCAAUUAAUAGUUUACCAAGCAGUGGUACCUUAAAUUCUUGCUGAAGUUGUCUGGCUAU